AUGAAAGAGGCACAAUUCAACCAAAAACAAAAAAAACAUUAACAGAACAAAAAAAAAAUCAAAAGAAAAUCAAAAAAGACACUCAUAGAUUAACCGCCCACGUCCUGCAUAUUCUGCUGAGCAAUCCCAAGUUCACCAUACAAAAGAAAAAGAAUAAGCCAAAAACCAAGGGUAAAAAUAGAACAAACAGAACAAAUAACAGCAACAACUACUUUUUUAGCCAGGUUCAAAACGAUUUUUGAAGGGUUGAGACAGAGACCAUUAAGGCACGCAGCAACAGACCCAAACACCACGCUGCGGAAGACCCGGACACCGGGGUUAUUUCAAUUGCAAAUCGUUGGUUCCGACUGGGAAUGACCAGUCUAACACUUGUAAGUGGUCUGUACUUUAAAGAUACCUUAAUGACACCUCAAAGACACAUUAAUGAUGUCUUUAAAGUUACCUUGAUGACACCUCAAAGACACAUUAAUGAUGUCUUUAAUGAUAUCUUUCAUGAUAUCUUUAAUGACACCUUAAUGAUAUCUUUAAUGAUACCUGUAACAUUAGUGACCUGUAACAUUAGCGACCUGUAACAUUAGUGACCUGUAACAUUAGUGACCUGUAGUGUGUAAGUUACCUGUAAUACCAGUAAGUGAUACCUGGGACCGUGUUUAUAAAGGCAAUUGGCAAUUGAAGAUACCUCGAUUAAAGUUUUAUAACAAAGAUUGGAUGGCUUAAGUGGAGGGACCCUCUAAUGAAUAAAUGACAUGGGCGGCUAAUAAAACUCACAUUAUACUAUAUCCUCGAGAUCAUUAGUAGUAGAAAAUACGUACACUGUAAAUAGAUCACUCAGUAGACGGGUCAAGCGAGCUAUGAUAUGAUCAAUACAAC